CAGGUUUCGAAGAUUGUUUACAAGAGAAGUUGUAACUCGAUCAAAACAUGGGAGACAAUAACAAUUCUCAAGGACGUGAUAAAGGUCUUGAGAUGAAGAAGGACAUACGAUGUCUGAUGCUAUCAUCAACGAACUACACUGUAUGGUCGAUGCGAAUGAAAGUGAUGCUUCGUCUGUACGAAGUUUGGGAUACGAUUGAUCUAGGGAGUAACGAUGCAAAGAAGAACAAUAUGGCGAUUGCUCUAAUCUUUCAAUCCGUCCCGGAGGCGCUAAUACUUCAGAUUGGAGAACAUGAUACAUCGAAGAAGAUUUGGGUAGCUAUCAAAUCCCGUAACCUAGGUGCUGAUCGCGUGAGAGAAGUAAGGUUACAGACUUUGAUGUCUGAGUUCGACAAACUGAAGAUGACAGACACAGACACGGUGGAUGACUACGCAGGAAAACUUUCAGGCUUAGCAUCGAGAGCAGCCGCGUUAGGAGAGAUAAUGGAAGAAUCGAAGAUGGUAAAGAAGUUUCUGAAGGGACUUCCAAGAACGAAGUUCAUUCACAUCGUAGCUUCGUUAGAACAAGUGCUGGAUCUAAAUUCAACGGGGUUCGAAGACAUUGUUGGGAGAUUGAAAGCUUUCAAAGAACGCAUAAAAGAAGAAACCCAAGAUGAAGAUCAAUCGAAGCUAAUGUUUGUAAAGAAUGAUACGCAAGUUCGUGGAAGCCAUAAAAACUCGCGAGGAAGAGGCAGAGAUAGAGGUUAUGGUGGAAGAGGAAGGGGACGAGGAAGGUCUUCUGGUUCUGAUGGUCAUAACAAAGAAGGAGAAGCUUCGGACAAGACCAAGAAGGACUACUCUAAAGUUAAAUGUUGGAGAUGCGACAAGAUGGGGCACUUUGUGUCACAUUGUCCUACACGACCAAGAGAAGAAGCUAACCUAACAGAAACACAAGAAGAAGAUGCAUUAUAUAUGCAUGAAGUAGUAUUCCUCAACGAAGAGAGAGUGUUUCCUAAGAGGUUUGAUUAAUGCGAUGGAAAUACGAGUAUAUGGUACCUUGACAAUGGUGCGAGUAACCAUAAGAAAGGCAAGAGAAAGUUCUUCUCAAACCUAGAUGAGAGCAUCAAAGGCAAAGUCAAAUUCGGUGAUGGAUCAAACGUCGAGAUUGUUGGGAAAGGUUCGAUCAUGUUCAUCGGAAAAACAGGAGAGAGAUGAGCACUCAAAGAUAUCUACUACAUCCCAAGUCUUAAACACAAUAUCAUAAGUCUUGGACAAGCAACCGAGAUGGGUCGUGAGGUUAAUAUGAAAGAAGACUUACUGAUGCUGAAAGAUCCACGUGGAAGGAUAUUAGUACAUGUCGCAAGGCAACUAAACCGAUUGUACAAGACGCCAAUGGAGGUUGAAUAUCCGAAGUGUCUUCAAAUACAAGAAACUGAUGUUCCAUGGAUGUGGCAUCCACGGCUGGGGCAUGUGAACUUUGAAGUCAUGAAGAAUAUGGUAGACAAGGAGAUGGUAGUAGGGAUGCCUCAGGUGAUACACGAGAAAGAUGUGUGCAGCGCCUGCUUAGUUGGGAAGAAAACUUGGAAGUCUUUCCCGCCUAUAGCAAAGUAUCGAGCAUCACAAGCAUUGGAGUUGGUACAUGGUGACUUGUGCGGUCCGAUAUCACCAUCAACACCAGCAAACAAUAGAUAUGUAUUUGUCUUAAUUGAUGAUUACUCAAGAUAUAUGUGGACGAUGCUGCUAAGAGAGAAGAGUGAAGUGUUCGAUCGGUUCAAAAAGUUCAAGGACUACGUGGAGAAUCAAACGAAGCUACAACUCAAGACUUUUCGCACCGAUAGAGGAGGAGAGUUCACAUCUUCUGUGUUCAUUAAUUUUUGUGAAGAAAAUGGUGUAACUAGACAUCUCACCGCACCGUAUACACCGCAACAAAACGGUGUGGUUGAGAGAAGAAAUAGAACACUAAUGGAGAUGACUAGAAGUUUGAUGAAAGAUAUGAAGAUACCUAAUCAGCUAUGGGGAGAAGCAGUACGUCAUUCAAUGUAUCUCAUAAACUGCAUUGCUACAAAGGCUUUGGAAAACAAAACUCCAUAUGAAGGCUUGUAUGUUAAGAAACCGAACAUAGAGCAUCUAAGGGUCUUUGGAUGUGUAGCUUUUGCAAAAAUCAACAGUCCUCAUCUCAAGAAGCUGGAUGAUCGAUCAAGGAUGGUGAUCAACCUAGGCACAGAGCCCGGCUCAAAAGCUUACAUGCUCUAUGAUCCGGUCGCGAAGAAGAUAGUUGUUAGUAGAGAUGUAAUCUUUGACGAGAAGAAAAGUUGGGAUUGGUUCACACUAUCAACAAACGUAGACGAAGAACCAGGAUCAUUCAAGCUUCCUCAUAUUGAUGUUACAGAAGAAGGAGAUGGUGAUGAGCAUCAAGAUCACCAACACCACGAAGAGCAAAACAAUAAUGAAGAAGAAGAAGUUGUAGACAUAGUUGAACAAGAGCAAGUAGCAGAGAACAACGAUGCAAACCAAGACCAGCAUGUAACAUCAAGAUAUGGUCGUAACAUCAGAAAACCAAAGCGGUUCGAUGAUUACAUCCUACUCGCUGAAGUUGAAGGUGGAAGACUCUUGCUCACCAUCGAUGGUGAACCAGAAAGUUACAUCGAAGCUGCAGUGAUACAAGCUUGGAUCGAUGCAAUGAAGGCAGAGAUCGAAUCUAUCAUCAAAAACAAGACCUGGAAGCUCGUCAAGAAGCCGGCAGGUGUGAAACCGAUAGGUUUGAAGUGGAUAUAUAAGAUCAAGAGGAAUGCAGAUGGAACGGUGAUCAAAUAAAAAGCAAGGCUAGUUGCAAAAGGCUACGUGCAACAACAAGGCAUAGACUUUGAAGAAGUGUUUGCACCAGUUGUUCGGAUAGAAACCAUAUGACUACUCUUGGAUUUAGCAGCAACUAAUGGAUGGGAGAUCCAUCACUUAGAUGUGAAAACUGCGUUCCUGAAAGGAGACUUAAAUGAAGAUGUAUAUGUGACUCAACUAGAAGGCUUUGUGGAGAAAGGAAAGGAGGAUCAUGUGUACAAACUUAGCAAAUCACUAUACGGUUUGCGUCAAGCUCUGAGAGCUUGGAACAUCAAACUUGACCGUGUUCUCAAGGAGAUGGAGUUCACGAAGUGCACCAAGGAACCUGCAGUAUAUCAAAAGAAAGAGAAGGGGGAGCUUCUGAUCAUAGCUAUAUACGUUGAUGACUUGUUUGUAACAGGGUCUUCACUCAAUGUUAUCAAGCAAUUCAAAGAUGAUAUGUCAAGAAGAUUUGAGAUGUCAGACCUCGGGAAGCUUACAUACUAUCUUGGUAUAGAAGUAACGCAAGGAGCUGAUGGCAUUCACAUCAAACACAAAAGAUACACACAAGGUAUACUUGUCAAGACGAAGAUGGAGUCAUGUAACUAUACUCAUGUUCCGAUGCACACGAGUUUGAAAGUAUCAAAGGCAUAGGAGGAGCCUGAGAUUGAUGCAACAUCAUAUCGAAGCAUCAUAGGAUGCUUAAGGUAUCUUCUUCAUACACGACCUGACUUGGCGUUUUUGGUUGGUGUAUUAAGCAGAUAUAUGCAGAGUCCAAGAGAGAGUCAUGGAGAAGCAGUGAAAAACCUACUACGAUACAUAAAGGGUACCACAGCGUAUGGUCUCUUCUUCAAACGGGAUGGAACAACGGAGAUUACAGGUUACAGUGACAACAGCCAUAACAUAGACGUUAAUGAUGGAAUAAGCACUACAGGGUUUAUGUUCUACCUAGGAACAUCGCCGAUCACGUGGACAUCGUGCAAGCAACCCAGAGUGGCACUCUCUUCAUGUGAGGCGGAGUUCAUGGCAGCUACGGAAGCUUCAAAACAAGAAAUAUGGUUAAAAGAGUUGAUGGUCGAGAUCAUGAAUAAGGAAGACAAGAAGGUCGUGUUAAAGAUUGACAACAAGUCAGGGAUAGCCCUCACCAAGAACCCGGUGUUUCACGGUAGAAGCAAAUACAUACUCUUGAAGUACCAUUUGAUUCGAGAAUGUGUGGAGUUCGACUUUAUCGAAGUGAAGCACGUACCAUACUCACUAAACCAUUGGCAAGGAUCAAGUUCGAAGCAAUGCGCAAGUUCAUCGGAGUUCAGAAGAUCAACAUACCUAAGAUUCAUGUUGGAAUUAAGGGGGAGAAUGUUGGAUAAUUUCAGUUAACUUGAGGAGCAAGUUAACUCAUUAAAGUGGAGUUUGAUGGGUUAAGGAAAAAGGUAAACAUAUCGAGCUUAGGAAUGUUUCCAUAUUAUUAUUAGGAAAAGAUGUAGCUUCGCCCUUAGGAAAAGCUGUAGCUUCUUCCUAUAUAAAGAGUUCUCAUGGAGAGAUGUUCCAUCAAGAGAAACACAUUGAAAGGUUUAGUUUUGAGAGAGUUUCUAAAUCUAAUAAGAAGUGCUAGUUCUUAUAAUCUUUGUGUUUGUGAAAUUUUUGGGAUUUAUUAAAUCCAUGUCCAACUCUAUAUUGUUUGAUUAGUACGAUAUUGUCCACAUUGGGCCUUAGGAAAGACCGCAUGGUUUUACUUUUGGUUUCCUUCCCAAAAAGCCUCGUACUAUUAGAGUUGGACAUCUCUUUAUAUAUUAGACACUCCUUGUUAAACUUCCAAUGUGGGACUUGGAUUGACAUCUCUCAUUCUCCCCCUCAAGCCAUGGACCACACACCUUGUGUCCUUUCCUCUAGCUAAUCAUCUCGGUGCCUUGUCGCAUCUUCGACAUUCGACACUCUUAGUCGCAAGGUUACUUUGAGUUGCUUUGAGAAUGUUCUUCCCACAAUUCCAUGAUCUUCUAACUAAUCUCUGCCGAACCUCCCUUUCCACCUUAAAGGGUCUCAUUCCUACUCGAAGAGUAUUUUGGUCUUCUUGCAGAUUUCUCGUCAACCGCUCUGAUACCAAUUGUUAGGAUUUAUUAAAUCCAUGUCCAACUCUAUAUUGUUUGAUUAGUACGAUAUUGUCCACUUUGGGCCUUAGGCAAGCCCACAUGGGUUUACUUUUGGUUUCCUUCCCAAAAGGCCUCGUACUAUUAGAGUUGGACAUCUAUUUAUAUAUUAGACACUCCUUGUCUAAAAUUCCAAUGUGGGACUUGGAUUGACAUCUCUCAGUACAUACCACCACUAAUGCUGCUCUUACACUUAAUGAAAACUAGAUUUUGACCCGCGCGCCCGCGCGGAUUUUGGACUUUUUAUAUAAAUUAUUUAAUAACAUUUUUAAACACGUAAUUUAUUUAGGUAUUUUUAGAUUCCUACAAAUCUAUCCGGACCGAGAAUUUUCUGAUUUAAAUUCCUUCCAGAUAUUUAUAUAUAUGUUCAAUAUUUAUUUAAUUUUAGAACCUUAAACACUGUCGAAAAAAACGAAUCGUACUCGAAUGGAUACUUGGAGUUCCAUGUCUAAUUGAUUCUGUAAACAAAUAAGUAAUCAUUUAUUUUUAUCACGAAUGAAACAAUAUUGUUACUUUUUUAUCGAAACUUUUAUAACUUGUGCAGCUUUUUUAUGAAAUUGUACUAAUCAUAUAUUAACCAAUUUCUUUUUGUUAAUUAAUUUCAAAAUCCAACAAGAUAUUUAAAAUUUUAAUUUAAAAAAAAAUAUAGUAUGAAUUAUUAUUAAUUACAUUAAUUUUUGAAUAUUUUAUCCUAUAAAUGUCUAUAUGUGACUAAACAAAACAAAAUAAUACUAUAUUUCAAAAUAUUUUUUUAUCUUAUAUAUUAAAACAGAAGUCACAACCUUGAUUCAUGUGUGAUUUUUAUAAAAAUGGACCUAAUGGACAUACUCCUAGAAAGUCAUGUUAUAUUUAAUGUUUAAUCUUAUCAUUUAAAUUUUGGACCUACCAGAAAUUUUUAUUGGGCUAUCAAUAAUUGGAUUUAAACAAUAGAUGACUCAUUGGAUUUAUAGAUAGUAUAAGAGAACAAAUUUUUUAAAUGAGAAUAUUAAGUUGGAAUUGCCGAGGAAUGGGUAGUAAGUGGACUAUAAGCUAUUUGUGCGAGAGAAGACAUAAACAUAAACAUAAACCGGACUUUUUAUUUUUAUCAGAAACAAAACAAGGAUCAGAGUUUGUCCAAAAGUUUCAAGCGCAUUUUGGUUAUGAUAAUUUGGUCACAGUGGAUCUAGUGGGAAGAAGUGGGGGAUUAACGCUUUUUUACAAUAAUGAGUAUCAAGUUAAUGUAUUAUAUUCUAGCAACCGGAUGAUUGAUGUGGAAGCGGAGGCUCUACGCAAAAAGGUCUAUCUUACUUUUGUAUAUGGGGAUCUAGUUCAAGAAAUGAGGGAACUAGUGUGGGAGCGUUUAACUAGAUAUGGUAUGGCGCGAUCCGUAACCUGGUUCAUUAUUGGCGAUCUAAAUGAGAUUACUGGAAAUCAUGAAAAAGAAGGAAGAUCUAUAAGGAGUGCAGAUUCAUUUAUCCCUUUUUAAUAACAUGAUACGAAAUAGUGGUUUAUUAGAAUUUUCAGCUCGGGGAAAUAAAAUGUCAUGGCAAGGGAGAAGAGGAAAAGGGAAAGGGGCGGUGAUGGUCCGAUGUCGUUUGGAUCGUGAUUUAGCAAAUGAAGAGUGGCAUACGCUAUUUCCCUGCUCUUUUACAGAGUAUCUGGGAUGGUGGCUUAUGAUCAUCGACCAGUGGUGGCUUAUCUAGAGGAUAAAGUUCCCAGGAGGAACAGACAAUUUCGGUUCGAUAAGAGAUGGAUUGGACAAGCGGGUCUACUGGAUUCGAUUACAACGGGUUGGGCAGAAUCCAACGAAGGAAGAGUAGACGGGAGAACAUAGGGUAUUGUGGAAAAAAUUAGUAAUUGUCGCCUUGAAAAUGCUAAGUGGCUGAAAACUAAUCCACCUUAUGGAAAA